AUGGUCACUAAACCUUCACACAAUUUGAGAAGAGAGUUCAACUGGCUGAAAGAAACCGAUACGAUACAGAAAGAUAAACAGUUGAUAUUGCAUAUUGUUAAUAAACAGAUAAAUGUUACUAAUUCAUUGCGACAACGACCUUUAUACACAGAUUCAUUGGAUGCAAACUCAAUAUCAGGGCUAAGAGAAAAUCUCCGAACAACACCUCGAGAGAGAAUUGCUCAGAGUCCCACACAAUCUGAGAGACAUAAUGCUGAAUUCAUCUCACAACCAGUGUCCACCACUAAUCCUAUACGAUAUGAAAGGACGCCAACCAUGCCUUUAGGAUUAAGGCCUUUAGAUUCUCAACCAGGAACUAACAUAUUGUCACAAACUACCUCCAAUAUUUCGGGCGGCAAUUCAAUUAUUAGGCCAUCGACCUCAACUGUUGGCCCAGUACUUCCAAGAUCGAGAUCCCCACUACAACCAUUUAUCUCGCCCGCUCAACGACAGCUGAAACUAAUUCAGUUGCAAGAGGCACUCAUAAAUACUUUGAGGAAGCAAUCGGAAAAACUGCUGAAUAAAUGCCAAAUAAUGGAGUCCACGUCACUCUCAGAAGAUGCUAAAAAACUCAAAAUUAAUGCCUCUAUUAAUCCAGACCUAUUAAAACUUGAGUCUGAAAUUAAACUUCUCGAGGCGCAGAUCUCGAAUCUUGGUCCAAACCUAAACGAAAUCAAUAAUAUUCCUAGCCCAUCAGUUACCAAUACCAAUGUUUCAACUGCCGCCUUGAUCCAUGUGUUAGAUGAAGAGCAUGACAAUUCAGAAGAGGCAGUAGUAAUAAUGGAAGACAAAUAUACGCGUUCUGAGGUAAGUCACAAAGACUUGAGUGAACAGAACUUGCUACCACCAAAGAGACAAUUACGUGCACAUACAGCCAUAAAUUACAAGAUUCCGGAAAAGGACGAUCCCUUUGAGUACAGAAUAGGCAGGUUGCAAAAUGAAAGUCAAGCAGAGAUCACAUUUGAGGCUGAGGAGGACAUUCACUCUAGUUAUAUUAGUACAGCGGACGAAGAAAGAGUUGAGAACGAUUUAGUUCAUCAAAGCGAUCUCGAUUUUGUAGUGGAAGAUGAUGAUAUAGAUAGUACUAAGGAUGCGGCAAGUUACAAUGAUUCACAAGAAGACAAUUUCGAAAUAGUUGUCUCGUCACCGCUAAAGGAACAUAAUGAUACUGCAGAGAUCAAUCUAUUAGAAGAAGAUUUCAUCGUUGAUGAGGAUGCGGAUAAAAAUGGUAAUUCAUUAUUGUCAAAUAUUGUACAAAUGUCACACUCUGACUUAGAGCUCAUAGAAAGUGAAAAUGAGGAGGAUCAAGGAGAAGAUUGGUACGACAGUGAUUUAGAACUAUUUAAUGAAGAAAGAGAGAACGAAACUCAAUUUGCUGAUAUCAAAGAGUUAGAUAAUGACUUAAAGAUUAUCGCAGAAAGAAAACUACCGGAAGAUGAGAAGAAUAACUUGUCCAUUCAAACAAAUGUCAAGAGAGAAAUUACUGACGCAUUCAAUAAAGAUGACUUUGAUGAUUCCUUAUUAGAAGACAUUGAGAUUAGUAGAGUGGAUAAAAAGAGAAAAUAUCCAUGGUCGGAAGAAGUCGAAGAAAGACUUCAUGGAGUUUUUAAAUUGCCAGGUUUUAGACCUAACCAAGAAGAGGCAGUAAAUGCAACUUUAGACGGCAAAGAUGUCUUCGUUUUGAUGCCCACGGGUGGUGGGAAAUCAUUAUGUUAUCAACUGCCUGCUAUUGUGAAAUCUGGUAGAACAAGAGGUACUACUAUUGUAAUUUCACCAUUAAUCUCGUUGAUGCAAGAUCAAGUAGAACAUUUAUUAGCCAAGAAUAUAAAGGCUAGCAUGUUUAGCUCGAAAGGCACCUCCGAGGAAAGAAGACAAACAUUCAAUUUAUUCAUACACGGCUUGUUAGAUGUCGUUUACAUAUCGCCGGAAAUGAUAAGUGCAUCACAACAAUGUAAAAGAGCAAUUGACAAGCUGUAUACUGACGGAAACUUGGCAAGAGUAGUAGUUGAUGAAGCACAUUGUGUCUCUAAUUGGGGGCAUGACUUUAGGCCUGAUUAUAAAGAAUUGAAGAUGUUCAAAGUAGAGUAUCCUACCAUACCAAUGAUGGCAUUGACUGCAACAGCAAGUAAACAAGUUAUAAUGGAUAUUAUCCACAAUCUUGGUCUAAAAAAUGAGGUGUUUUUGAAGCAAAGUUUCAAUAGAACAAAUCUGUAUUACGAAGUCAAAAAAAAGGAUAAAGAUACGAUGAAUAAUAUUUGUGAUAUGAUAAAAAAUAGAUUUCGAAAUCAAACAGGGAUAAUUUAUUGUCAUUCUAAAAACUCGUGUGAGCAAGUAUCUUCUCAACUUCAAAGGAAAAAUAUACGAUGCGCCUAUUAUCAUGCGGGCAUGGAACCUGAAGAGAGAAGUGCCGUACAGAAGGCAUGGCAAGAAGACGAGAUUCAAGUAAUAUGUGCUACAGUAGCGUUUGGUAUGGGGAUAGACAAGCCUGACGUUAGGUUUGUGAUACAUUAUACAGUUCCAAGAACUUUGGAGGGUUACUAUCAGGAAACGGGUAGAGCAGGAAGAGACGGUAACUACUCCUAUUGCGUUACCUACUUUCAUUUUAAGGACAUUAGAACCAUGCAGACAAUGAUUCAAAAGGAUCAAAAUCUUGAUAGAGAAAAUAAGCAGAAGCAUUUGAACAAAUUACAAGAAGUUAUGGCUUAUUGUGAUAAUAUCACUGAUUGUAGGAGAAAAUUGGUUCUAUCUUACUUCAAUGAAGAUUUCAAUCCUGCUUUAUGUGCGAAAAACUGUGACAAUUGUAAAAAUAGAUCUAAUAUCACUCUCGAAAAGAGAGAUGUCACGGGUCUUGCAAAGGACAUAGCUCGCUUGGUUGAAGCUAUUCAACACGAUCGUGUCACUUUGAUUCAUUGCCAAGAUAUAUUCAAGGGCUCACGAAAUUCAAAAAUUAUGUCGGCGCAUCAUGAUACGCUCCCGCAACAUGGCCAAGGUAAGGGUAUGCCUAAGUCAGAUGUGGAAAGAAUUUUUUUUCACCUUGUUACAAUGCGUAUUUUGGAAGAAUAUCAAAUCAUGAAUAAUCGCGGUUUUGCUACCACCUAUGUCAAACCAGGGCCAAGCUUUAGAAAUCUUGUCUCGAAUAAAUUAAAGGUAGAGAUGCAAUUCAACGUAACCCCAGGAAAUUCUCGUUCUUCUACUGCGAGCGGAACUCAACCGGCGCCACGAGCUGCUUCAAGAAUGGCUUCUGAUAAAAGAAGCAACAGAGAGCCUUCUAUUCAAGGUGCUCCUUCUUUUAUAAGUGCCAGAGAUCAUUUGAGGUCCUAUAAGUAUGAUGAUUCUUCUCAAGAACCUACUCCAAUUACUCUGGGAAGUAGGCAUGAACUACAAUCUACACAAGAAAUGAGAGGUAUCACGUUUGCAUACAAUAAAUUGAAAGAUGCGUCGUACAAUAUUGGCAAUAGGAUGAGCCCUCCGAUGGUCAAUUUCUUUCCAGAUACUAUAUUAAAAAAACUUGCAACUCUACUUCCUCCUACUGAGGAAGAUUUUUCCCGUUUGGUUGAUAUUGAAGAAACAUACAAAAAUAGGUUCAAAUAUAUCAAACCAACAAUUUUAGAAAUACGUAGGUCCAUGAUGAAUAUAACAGACAGUGUAGUUAUAAGUCAAGGAAGUACCCUUCCUGAUUUGGCGAGUUCCGCAACUGGUACAGUUUCUAAAUUUUUUAGUAUGGAAGUGGAUGAAGAAAAGCAAAAUGAAAGAAUUCUGAGCCAAUUGCGAGAGAGCCAGCUUACCAAAGGGAUGCAUAGCUCAGGAGGAACAUUAUCACAUAAUGGGCAAAGGAAAAAGGCACAAGGAACGACGGCAAAACUUACUACAAGAGAAGAAAACCAUAGAUAUCAAUACGAUACCAAAACCAUAAUAUAA